UUUACUGUCAAAGAGCAUGUUGAUUUUCUCGGAGGACAGGGACACCGUUUAGUUUCAUACUCCAAUGAUGUGAAAUACCUAAAUACGGGAUUUAUGAAAUACGUUGUAUAUGAAAAUCUUGAACGAAAUUAUUGUGCCAUGAAAACAGUCAUGAAAAUUAUAUAUUUGGUAUUGAACGUUCUAUUGUAUCCUGAUUUAAUUUUGUCUGACUGUGGUAACUACAAACAAUUUAUUCUGAAAACAGAGGAAGGAAAAAGACUCAACGCAACUUUUCACACCGCAAACAAAUAUGGAAAAAACACAUGUAUAUCACAUUGUGUCCGCAACACAGCAUGCAGAUCGGUAAAUUAUUGCCGCAAACUCUUGGUAUGUGAGCUGAAUUUUGUGGACGCCGACGGUUAUCCAUCGAUGCUGAAGUCGGACAGCGAUUUUCAAUAUUAUCUUAUUGACAUGGCGAACACUACUUCAAAAUCUAUGUCUCAGACACCACAAUGCCUGAAUAAAUACCAGGAAUGCUUUACAACACACUCGGGAGCAAGAAUUUGCCUUCCCUUUCACGAUUUCAAAGAAGUCAGUUCUGUGAAUGUUGCUCUCGGAAAGAUUGUGUAUUCAUCCACGGGAGCUGGCCUUGCAACAUCCUAUACCAGACCAUGGUUUCUAUUAGACUUAGGACAGGUCUACGAGAUAAAUGAAAUUAAGACGUACAAAGUUCACGAUUCAGUCCCAUGUGUUAACUUUGACGUCAGAAUUGGUUUAACAACAAACGUUUCCGAGAUGGUGUACUGUAAUUUCGGCAGUCAGAUCAAAAACGUAAUAAUUGUUUGUCCUCGGUGUCUGGUGGGACAAUUCGUACAACUACAGAUGACUGCUUAUAAUAAUACUAGAUGUCACUUUCAUAUCAGUAAACUUGAGGUCUUUGCACAUGCUCAUAUUUUUUGAGAUUUUAUCAUUAAUGUAUUGUAUUUGGUUAUGAAUUUCAUGGUGAACAUAAACAUUUAUGAAUUGUCUUUUUUUAAAUGUAUUGCAUGAUGUUUUAAAACGAUCAAUGCCUCUCUUCUCAUCCUCAAAAUGUUAUAAAUAUUCAGUACAUAUUUUGUAUUAAAAUUUCAUAUCGUGACUCAUUUUCUUUCCUUUGAAAAUAAUAAAGCAGAAUAUGUUCUUGAA